AUGACCGACACCAAACGAGCUCCCGAGGAAACCGGUCUGCCCGACGCCAAGCGUGCUCACAUUGACGACGUUGAAAAAUGCUUCCACAAGGGACUGCUUGACCAGACCUCUCAGGAUGAGCUCAAGACACAGAUUGCUGAGUCGGGACCCUACAAGCACGGAGUUAUCCCCCAGCUGAUUGACGAUGAGCUGUUGAGAAGCGUGCGAAAGGAAAUCAUGGAAGGAGUACAUUUCACCCGAAAGGAAACCGAUAUCUACAAGGUGUUUCAGACCGGAGACCUGGCCAACCUAUCUGGUCUCAGCGAAGAGGAGCUGGGUACCUUGCCCUCGCUCUUCAAGCUCCGAAAUGCCAUGUACUCUCGAGAGUUCCGUCACUUCAUGUCCUACAUCACCGGAGCCGGUCAUCUGUCUGGUUCGAAGCAGGAUAUGAGCAUUAACGUUUACCAGAAGAGCUGCCACUUGCUCAACCACGAUGAUGUCAUUGGUACCCGACGAAUCUCGUACAUUCUUUACUUGCCUGAUCCCGACGAGCCAUGGAACCCUCGAUGGGGAGGAGCUCUUCGACUGUUCCCCACUAUUCGACCCAAUGUGCCUGCUUCCGACUGGACCGUUUCUAUUCCCCCUGCUUGGAACCAGAUGGCUCUAUUCAAGAUCCAGCCCGGUCUCUCGUUCCACGAUGUCGAGGAGGUGUACGUUGAUAAGCCCCGAAUGAGUAUUUCUGGCUGGUUCCAUAUUCCCGAUGUUGGAGAGGAGGGAUAUAUUGAGGGCGAGAAGGAGGAAACGGAAGCCCUGUCUUCUCUGAAGCAAUUGACCAGCAAGAGUCUUCGAGAACACGACUUCCCCAAACGAACUCCCGGUCAGGUUCCCGAGGACGAGUUUGCUCAUCUCAAGGAGGGUCCCAAGGACGAUGACGAUCUGUUUCUGUCUGACGACGACGUCAAGUACCUCAGCAAGUACCUCAAUCCGCAUCUGCUGACAAUCAAGACCGUCAAGCAGCUCAACGAUUUGUUUUGCACCAACUCGCAGCUCGAGAUCAAGGAUUUCCUCAACAGCGAGUACGUGGGUGUUCUGAAGAAAACAAUUGAUGCCGAGGACUCUAGACCUCCCAAGGAGAUGCCCCAGGUGUCUGAGGAGAUUGUACUACCCUGGAAGCUCGCUCGACCUCCUCACAAGGCCCGAUACAUGUACCUGGAUGGCUCUGAGGAGGCCGAUAAGGAGCCUGAGGUCGGAGAAGAAGAGGUUACAGUUCGGCCUGACGAGAAUGGAGGCUUCGAAUACUCUGAAACGAUUCUCUCUGGACUCAAGGACACUGACAAAGCAGCUACUUCCAAGGUUUCGGAGGUUGCUGCCCUGUUCAAAUCUUCAGCUCUGCGACGAUGGAUCUCGCGGAUUUCUUCUCUGGCUCUAAAGUCCGAGAACAUCAUUGCUCGACGAUUCCGACCUGGCUUUGACUUCACUCUGGCCACUGCCCAAGACGAGUCUGACAUUGCUCUAGAAGCCACUUUGUGCCUGACCCCCACUAAGGGCUGGGAAGACGGCGAGUAUGGUGGAUACGAGCUGUGUAUGGCUGUUGACGAAGAUGCCGAUGACGACCCGGCUGUAUACCGAGGAGCCAAAGCCAAAGAGGCUGGUGAAGGAGAGGGCGAUGAGGAAGAUGAGGAUGAAGAUGAAGACGAUCCCGUUCUUCUGACCUCCCAGGCCUCGUGGAACACCCUCAACAUCUUUGUCCGAGACAAGGGCAUUCUCAAGUUUGUCAAGUACGUGUCUAAGAACGCUCCUGGUUCUCGAUGGGACAUUUCUGCCGAGUGGCAGGUGGAGUACGUUGGAGAUGAUGAAGAGGAAGAGGACGAGCAUGAAGAGUAG